UUCCGCGGGUGGUGGAGAUGAGAUCGAUCCUAAUCACCGGCUGCAACCGUGGUCUCGGUCUGGGCCUGGUGAAACAUCUGGCCGAAAGAUCAUCGCCACCGGACAAUAUCUUCGCGACCUGUCGUGACGCGAGCAAGGCGACGGAAUUAUGCGCACUCGCCGACAAAUCGUCGAACAUACAUAUUAUCGAGAUAGAUUUGGUGUACACGGAUAAUUACAAGAGAAUCGUAGAUAUAGUCAGCGAAAAAGUAAAUGGCGCCGGUCUCAACGUUCUUUUUAACAAUGCUGGUAUUUCCAGUAAAUUUACGCGCCUCGGUCUUGUGAAGAAGCAGCAAAUGAUAGAUGCUUUUCUAGUCAAUACCAUUGCACCUAUUAUGCUCGCGAAAGCUUUUGUACCGCUACUGAAAGUAGCUGCGAAAAAUGCCAAGGACAAAACCGAGUUAAGCAUAAGAAGAGCAGCUAUCAUCAAUAUGACUUCUAUUUUAGGCAGCAUCGUUGAAAAUAAUGACGGCGGUUUUUAUCCCUACAGAUGCAGUAAAGCAGCGCUUAAUGCGGCAACCAAAUCGAUGAGCAUCGAUCUGAAAACAGAUGGGAUUUUGGUGACAUGUUUGCACCCUGGAUGGGUACGCACCGACCUAGGUGGUAGUAAUGCUCCCAUGGAUGUCGACACCAGCAUCAAUUGUAUUCUAAAUACCUUGAACUCGUUGACAGAAAGGCAUACUGGUUGUUUUGUCCAAUACGAUGGUAAAAUACUACCCUGGAAAUGAGACACACUUAUCAAGAUACAAAUGACAGACGCAAGAAUUGGCAAUUCUUUCUCUCCGAAACUACAGUUUCGAGAAACACUUACCAGUGACGAACUUUAUCAACUACUUGCAUCACGCGUUUAAUGUCAUCCUUGG